AUGUUCUCUGAUGGAAUGCUUGCCCAGUCAAGUGAUAUUUAUAAUAACAUCGGGCUUCAGAACAAAUUAAGAAAUCCCUACGAGAUCCUUCGGGAGCUGACUACUCAUCAAUGGCUCAUGUUCGCUGCGGGAUUCAUGGGCUGGACUUGGGACGCUUUUGAUUUCUUUACGGUGUCGAUGUGUAUCACUGAAAUCGCGGCUGACUUUGGUGUCUCUUAUUCUGAUGUGUCAUGGGGUAUGACCGUGACCCUCAUGCUACGAUCUGUUGGCGCAAUCAUCUUCGGUAUACUUUCGGAUCGGUAUGGACGCAAGUGGCCCAUGAUCAUCAACCUUGGCUUGUUUAUAAUUCUCGAGUUGGGCUCCGGAUUUUGCCAAACUCUGCCUCAGUUUCUGGGUGCCCGUUCCUUGUAUGGAAUUGCAAUGGGAGGCCUCUUUGGUCCAGCAGCGGCCACUGCCCUCGAAGAUCUCCCGUACGAAGCACGCGGCUUGCUCUCCGGACUGUUCGAAAUGGGCUAUGCAAUGGGGUACCUUCUCGCAGCAGCUUUCUAUCGCGCUCUUGUCCCAACUACCUCACACGGCUGGCGAAGUCUGUUCUGGUUCGGUGCAGGACCCCCCGUCCUAAUCAUCAUCUUCCGAUGGUGCUUACCCGAGACAAACCAUUUCCAGGUCAUGAAAGCUGAGCGAGAAGCGCGAGCAAAUGCACUUGGUGAUGGCAAUGACCAUGCUAAAGCAGCAGGAUUACGAAUUUUCCUUCGUGAUGCUGGUCGUGCGCUUCGGGAGAAUUGGGUUCUGUUCGUUUACUUGGUUGUCCUGAUGGCGGGAUAUAACUCCUGUUCGCAUGGUAGUCAAGACUUUUACCCGACCUACCUCAAAGACCAGGUUGGAAUGAACGCCACCGAUACUACUAUCAUUACAGUUGUUGGCCAGGUAGGCGCAUUGUUUGGUGGUUGUACAGUUGGAUACAUCAGCACGUUCUUUGGACGGCGUCUAACUAUGUUGGUGGUAUGUGUCAUUGGUGGUGCAUUGAUCCCAGCCUAUACAAUGGUUCGAUCAAUGUCGCUAGUGGCUAGCGUGUUUUUUGAGCAGUUCUGUGUUGGUGGCGUUUGGGGUCCGAUGCCAAUCCACUUGCUCGAGUUAUCGCCGAUCGCACUUCGUACCGUGAUGGUGGGAUUGACUUAUCAACUUGGCAACCUUGGAUCUUCUGCCUCUGCUACGAUUCAGUCCAUUAUUGGAGAGCGGUUCCCUCUACCACCAGGGGCACAUGGGAAGAAGAGAUUCGAUUAUGGAAUGGUCAUUGCUAUCUUCAUGGGUGCUGUCUGGGCCUUUAUGUUGUUCUUCCUGUUUUGGGGACCUGAAAUGUCACAGGAAGAAAGGGACGAGGAAGCAGAGGACUCGAUGCGUUUGGAGCGACUCAGGGCGGAGGGUGUUAGCUUAGCCGAGAUUGGACAGCAACGAUUCUUGGGCAAGGGUGUUGAUGAUGCUGUGGUGGAUCGGAGUACUGAGCACCAUGAUACCGAGAAGGCUGAGACGGCACGUGUUGAGUAA